CUCUCUCUCUCACUCACUCUAUCCUUUUCCAACACACAAAACGACAUGGCGUUGUCCACCGGCCUCAUCUCCUCCACCGCCACCUUCCUCUCCGGCGACUCCUCCUCAUCGCCGCUGCCGCUGUCCAAGCCUUCUCUCACCGCCGCUCUUAGGUUCUCCCACCCCAACUUCCCUGCCAGCCUCCGCAUGGCCCGCACCCCAACCCUCGUCGCCGCCGUGUCGAAGCAGGCCGCCACCACCCCAAGGGAGCCACGUGGCAUCAUGAAGCCGCGCAAGGUGUCGCCGGAGAUGCAGGCCCUUGUCGGCGUCCCUGAGAUUUCUCGCACCCAGGCUCUCAAGGUCAUCUGGGCCCACAUUAAGGGCAACAAUCUUCAGGACCCUGAAAACAAGAGGAUCAUCAUUUGUGAUGACAAGCUGAAGAAGAUAUUUGCAGGCAAGGACCGUGUUGGCUUUCUUGAGGUUGCUGGACUCAUCACCCCACAUUUCCUCUGAUCCAGACUGGGAGAGCAAACUUGAGCCGUGGGCUGUUUAUGCAGCAAACAUUUUGAAUCUGGGGUUUUGUUUUGGUUGAUGGUAGUAACAAUGCUGCAACAGUAGGCGUUUAAGUGCAUGUUUUGUAUCUAAGGAACUAGCUUUAGUUAGAGGUCUUAAUUACUUUUGGAUUCCUUAUCGGUCGCAUUUAUUCUAGCUAAAUGCAAUUACGAGGUACUGUCGGUUGCAUUGAAUUAAGUUUCAAGUUUAAUGGAAUCAUUAUCUAAGAAUUUUAGAUCUUGUCAUCUGCAUGAGAUUCGAUUUGAACAUUAUCAAGAGUUUUCAUUAUGGUC